GAAUGCAACCCCGGAGAUUUGUGGAAAUCAAUUGCCCUCGAACAGACAGGCUCUACAAUGUUAUUUUUAUUAUACAAGACAUGCAACACCAAAACUGGUGGGUCGCAAAGCUGCUACGUGCGUUGGGCGAAAGUGUGCGUUGUUCUGAGAAUAUGCCGGAAUCCCAAUUGUGAAAGAGUGUAAUGCAAUGGGUAAAAUGGAAAAAUUAGUGCAUUCAUACAAAUAUAUUCUCAAGUACAGCAACACCCGGAAAGAAAAUUACACAACAGCGCAAGUGAAAGAAAUCGAUUUUACAUGUAUGUUGGAUGACUUAUUCGACAUAGCCCAUCAAACGAAAGCCGCAAGGACGUUAUUACGUCUGCAUCAUGAACGUGGGAUAAAUGGUCUUCUGGACACAAUUAUCGAUACAGGAACAUGGGGUUUCCAUAGUAUCAAAGUUGAAAUAGAAGAAGAAAUAGCCGAGGAAGUAGAGCAAAGAAAGAAAAUGGCAUCUCGGUUGAGACCGAUAAAAAUUACAGCAGUGGGCGAUGGUAUGGUAGGUAAGACCUGCCUCCUCAUCACAUAUGUUGACAAAAAAUUUCCCAUGGAGUACGUACCCACUGUGUUCGAUAAUUACUCAGAUAAUAUUACUGUGGAUGGACAGGAGUUCAAUAUGAUACUGUGGGACACAGCUGGGCAGGAGGAUUACGAGAGACUCCGACCACUUUCAUAUCCAAAUACGGAUUGCUUCCUAUUGUGCUUCUCAAUAAGUGCGAGAAGUUCCUUUGAAAACGUUGCUAGUAAAUGGUAUCCAGAAAUUAAAUUCCACUGUCCUAAUGUUCCAAUUGUUCUUGUGGGCACAAAAGGUGACCUAAGAAAUCAGACAGGAACCGAAGUAAUAACACCAAAAGAAUGUAAAAAAAUGAAAGAACGAAUUCGUGCGUCAAGAUAUGUUGAAUGUUCAGCGAUGAAUCAAGAGAACCUCCAACUAGUAUUUGCCGAAGCAAUCAGAGCAGUUUUGAAGAAGCCAGCCGGGAAAAAAUUAUGCUGCAUACUGUGAAAUUCUUCAAUGUUUGAAUACUGAGAAUGAGUUAUUAAAUUUUCAAUCGUAUUAUCAAAUUUAUGAAAAAAAAACUUUGAAUGUAUGAGCAACAUUACAUGAGUUUUUCUUCUGAGUACGAUGAGAAAAUGCCGUGAUCAAAGACUUUUUUCACGUACAGUUCGAUGUGCCUUAUCUGUACAGAAUAAACUACUCCUAGUGUAAAUACUUGGAAUAAUUCUCGAUGAAAUGUUCAUUAGAAUUUUCAUCAUAUAUAAUUGUCAGAUUGAGGCUGCCUGUCCCGAAAAAUUUUAAAAUAUUUUCAUUAUUCAACACAGUAAUAAUUUUAUGCUUUAGGAAGAAUAAUAUUUUAUACGUAAUGAAUAAAGAAUAGCGAACAUUGUACAUGAAA